UCCAUCGUAUAUAAUUGCAUACGUAUUAUCGAAUUUGAAUAUUCUCCCUGGGGGCACAGAGCUGUGAACAGCGCAAGUGAGCGUCCCAGAUCCGCCAUAGAUGCGAGGAACAUGUCCUUGCGGUUUUGCAGGUUCCGAGGAUUCUUGAUUGAUGGGCCUCUUUCGAGCUUCCCUUAGAUUUGGUUCGCCUGUUCGCUCCAAACCUCUGUUUCCCAGACAUUCGGAAGCCAUGAAAAGAAGAAAACUUUUUGGUGCUUCUCUCUCUCUCAUUCUUAUCAACAUGGUUUCCAUAAUGGAGCGUGCUGAUGAGAAUCUCCUCCCAUCUGUUUACAAAGAAGUUAGUGAAGCUUUCAAUGCUGGGCCUUCUGACCUGGGGUAUCUUACAUUUAUAAGGAACGUUGUGCAGGGACUUGCAUCACCCUUGGCAGGGGUACUAGUUAUAAAUUAUGAUCGUCCCACAGUUCUUGCAAUGGGCACUUUCUGUUGGGCCCUAUCAACUGCUGCAGUGGGUGCGAGCCAACAUUUUCGUCAAGUUGCUUUUUGGAGAGCAAUAAAUGGCUUUGGUUUGGCAAUUGUAAUUCCAGCACUCCAGUCCUUCAUUGCUGAUAGCUAUACAGAUGGUGUGAGGGGAACAGGAUUUGGGCUGCUAAACCUUAUUGGUACCAUAGGCGGCAUAGGAGGUGGCGUUCUGGCAACAAUUAUGGCCGGUCAGCAAUACUGGGGUGUGCCUGGAUGGCGUUGUGCCUUUAUUAUGAUGGCAACAUUGAGCUCACUAAUUGGGUUCCUUGUUUUCUUGUUUGUGGUAGACCCUAGCAAAACAAUUAGCAUCACUCAUGAUACAGGCAAGGAUGAAGAAAAGAAUGUUUUGAUAGAUAAGGGCAAUGCUAGUAGUGUAGCAUCAAUUUGGCUGGAGUCUUGGACGGCCAUGAAAACUGUUACCAAAGUGAAAACAUUUCAAAUCAUUGUCUUGCAGGGCAUUGUUGGGUCACUACCAUGGACUGCCAUGGUGUUCUUCACUAUGUGGUUUGAACUAAUUGGUUUUGAUCAUAAUAGUACAGCAACCCUCAUUAGUCUUUUUGCUAUUGGAUGUGCUAUGGGGUCCCUCCUUGGUGGACUAAUAGCUGAUCAAAUAUCAAAAAUCUACCCUCACUCUGGCCGUAUUAUGUGUGCACAGUUCAGCGCUUUCAUGGGCAUCCCGUUCUCAUGGUUCCUCCUUAAAGGGAUCCCCCAGUUAGUAAGCAGCUAUUUCACCUUUGGUGCUACUCUCUUUCUAAUGGGCCUAACCAUCAGCUGGAACGCCACUGCUGCAAAUGGCCCCAUGUUUGCUGAAGUUGUCCCUGCCGAGCACCGGACCAUGAUUUAUGCCUUUGAUCGUGCUUUUGAAGGAUCGUUCUCUUCUUUUGCUGCUCCAUUGGUUGGAAUUCUUUCAGAGAAGAUAUAUGGCUAUGAUUCAAAAUCUGUGGAUCCAGUUUCAGGGUCUGCAAGGGAGGCUUUGGCAUUGUCUAAGGGACUUCUCUCGAUGAUGGCUGUUCCAUUUGGUCUGUGUUGCUUGUUUUACACACCUUUGUAUCAUUUUUUUAGGCGGGACCGUGAACAUGCUAGAUUGGCCACUUUGAAAGAGGGAGGGAGGACGUGAGAAGCCUUGUUUUGGCUGCGAAGUACUAAUUCACGUGAAUGGUACUGUCAUUUUCCUAAGAUCAGGACUCUUCAGUUUUUCAAGAUUGGGAAAUUUUCCCAAGAUUGAAUUGAUCAACAGUAUAUGCUGACCAAUUUUUAAGGAAAUUCUGAGGAAUGUUC